AUGGGCCUGUCUCCAUCAAAGCCAGCCCCAUCCCAACAAUCGCCAGAAGUCGCUGCACCUGCUACCAACUCCCGCCUGCUAUCGCUCCCAGCCGAGCUCAGACUCAAUAUCUACAGAGAACUCCUCACACCCCAAGAGAUCGUAUCUCGCCGCCAAGGACGCGAUAUCCCCGAUGUCGAGAUCAACGAGCCCGCCAUUCUGGCCGUCUGCCGUCUCUUACGACAAGAAGCAGAGCCGAUCUUCUACGACGACUUGAAGCUCGUGCUUGACUCUACCAACCUAUUCGACCCUCCCAGAGAUAUUAUGCGUAGUCUGGACUUGAUCGGCGAGGCUCAACUCCAGCAGAUACGACGUAUCGACAUUCCAUUUGGCGGUAAGAUAUUUAUCUCGAUUUGUUUUGGCAAUAAGGUCCAGCAAGAAGACAUGUCCAUCCACAGAGGCACGGCCAAAGGUGCAGCCUUCCACAUCCUCGUCACCUCAUCCCACGCCGAGUGUAACAACGAAGUCUGCACUGCCAUGGCGGAGUGCGUUCGAGACUUCCUCCUCUGUCUUAUCGUCCACCGUGCUAGGAUCAAGAUCUGUGGAAGCAUUGGCCCAUGUCGGGCUGUUCGCAUGAAGGCAUCGGCUAUUGAGAAACAGACAAAGGCGAAGGGGGAGAAGUUGGAGUUUUUGAAGCGGAGCGAGAUUCAGGAGCUCUUGUCGCAUUUGAAGUUUUAUGGGAAGCAUUUGUUGAGGGAAGCUCGAUUGUUGGAGUUGUGA